CUUGCGAAAGGUGGAGACCUUUCUGUAAAGUUAGUUUAUUUGGUGAGGUGGAGUGAAAACAAGGUGAUUUUAAUGCCGUACCGCAGGCGCUUCUCCGCGAAAAUGCCAGACUUCGACGACGAGGUGACCGUUGUUGAUGUGUACGAUUUGGCGUCGGAUAUUGGAAAGGAAUGUGAAAUAAUUAUCGAGAAAUACGGCCCUGAAGCCGUAACAGCUCUGCUGCCGAAGGUGAUAAAUGCGCUUGAACUAUUAGAAAAUUUGGCUGUACGUAAUGAGAAGGAAAAUCAGGCUCUGCACGAAUUAACAGCAAAGAUAUCACAAUUAGAAAAUGAUAAGAUCGAGAAGGCUGAGUACAGGCAACGUUUCGAAAAGGAAAUUGAAGCGAUUGAAGAACAAUGGCGUACGGAAUCGGCCGAGCUGGUUACGGCUGUAGCACGCCUGCAGGAUGAAAACAAGCGCUUGAGGCGUACUAUAAACUCGCCUGCGGAUGGUUCUAGCGCUCCACCGUCACCGGCACGGGAACACGACCAAGAGGUGCUUUCGCGACUGAGCAGUACUGCUGAGAAACAGAGAGCCACUCUCCGUCAUCAGGAACUUCAGCUGCAAGAGAAACAGCAACUCAUUGAUAGCUUGACGAGUCAAGUGGAGAAACUAGCGCAGGUCAGCCGUGAUCUCCGACGAAAACAUAAGCAACUACAAAAUCAGAUGCGUCUAGUAUGUGAGGAACGCACUGAGCUGACCGCAAUAGUCCAAUCACAGCAGCGCGAUAUCGCCGUCCUUCAGCAAUCAGAUGCACAGAAUAAGAAGUGCACUUCAUGUGGGGUGGCGCUACCGGACGGUGGGGAUGACGAAGAUCAGUCUUCGAAGCCGACGUUCAGCGUGCGUGAGCUCCGCGCCAUAUUACACGAGAGGAACGAACUCAAGCUCAAGUUGAACCGCGCCGAGGAGCAGCUGCAGGCGCUGCAGGCCGAGCCGCAAGCCGACAGCUCGGACGCGUCCCCGUCGCCGCCGUCGCUGGGCGCGGGCGCGGAGGACGACGAGGCGCCCGUGCAGGGCCCGCUGCCCGCCGAGCCCGACGACGCGCCCUGGAAGCGCAACAGCGGCAUCCGGAAGUUUUUUCGCAAGCUCUUUGCUGAGUCUGAUAUCGCCGUGGGCGGGUUCCCGCGCCGGCCGCUGUCGGCGCUGGGCAAGGGCGCCGCCCCCGCCGGCGCCGCCUCCGCCCCCGCGUAGACACUCGGACCCCGCCCCCGACCCCGCCCCCGCACGCCCCGCCCCGCAGACAUUACACAGACGCUUCUCCGAAAUACGGGCCGUCCGGCCGGAGCUCGACCUCCGGCGGGAACUGCUGCAGCUCGACCUGAACCGG